UGAAUCUUGAGUCAUUAAUUAUGUUUGUCUGUUAAAUUCUUAUGUACAGUUUUGGAUCAACAUAAUCUCACUAGUGCAGAUAACUUAAGAGUUAAGAUGCAAUGAUUAUAUGAGAUUGCUGAUGGUUUCAUAACUUGUUAAUAUUUGGGAAUCCUUGUCGGAAGGAGGAGGGAACAUGAUCCUAGAGAUGAUAGGAUUUUUGAAUUGUUACAGUUAAGAGCAAAUGGGGAAUCUUUUCUGUUGUGUGGUAGUUGAACAAUCAACGGUGGUUAUAAAAGAAAGAUUUGGAAAGUUUGAAGAAGUUCUCGAGCCAGGGUGCCAUUGCAUACCAUGGGUCACCGGAGACCGGCUUGCCGGUCAUCUCUCUCUCCGCCUGCAGCAGUUGGAUGUUCGCUGUGAGACUAAGACAAAGGAUAAUGUAUUUGUCAAUGUUGUUGCUUCUAUUCAAUAUCGAGCCCUGGUAGACAAAGCCAGUGAUGCUUUUUACAAACUUAGCAAUACCAAGAGCCAAAUUCAAGCCUAUGUUUUUGAUGUGAUUAGGGCGAGUGUUCCAAAACUCAACUUAGAUGAUACUUUUGAGCAGAAAAAUGAUAUUGCCAGAGCUGUGGAACAAGGACUUGAGAAGGCUAUGUCAGCAUAUGGAUAUGAAAUUGUUCAAACAUUGAUUGUUGACAUAGAGCCAGAUGAGCAUGUGAAGAGAGCAAUGAAUGAAAUCAAUGCUGCUGCAAGAUUGAGGGUGGCCGCGACUGAGAAAGCCGAGGCAGAGAAGAUCUUGCAAAUUAAGCGAGCCGAGGGCGAGGCAGAGUCUAAAUACCUCUCCGGGCUGGGUAUUGCUCGCCAACGCCAAGCCAUUGUAGAUGGUUUGAGAGACAGUGUUCUUGGAUUCUCAGUUAAUGUACCGGGGACAACUGCGAAAGAUGUCAUGGAUAUGGUCCUUGUCACGCAAUAUUUUGAUACUAUGAAAGAAAUUGGUGCUGCCUCCAAGUCCUCUGCUGUGUUCAUUCCACACGGACCUGGCGCGGUUCGUGAUGUAGCUACGCAGAUUCGCGAUGGACUUCUUCAGGCUUCUCAUCAUCAGACACAUGAGUAGUUUGCAUGGGAAUAUGGUGAUGCAAUAUAUAUAUACCUAUGAUUUUCUUUUAUAUGCAGCGUGUAAUGUGAUAUAGUUUCAUACUCAGUAACAAGGUUCUGAUUGGUGUUCAACCAGAAUGUAAAUAAAUAUAUAUAAAAUGAUAAUAUAAGGAAUGAUGCACCAUCUAGUAUCCAUAAAAUUAGCCUAAUUGUUGAAUUUAGUAGUAUGCUACUUCAAAAUC